AUGAGUGGCAUGCCAGACCUCGAGUCCUGCAAGCAGCUCUGCGUGACCACCACGGGCUGCACGGGCAUCGAGUACAAUGUCGGCGGGCGCUGCGAGGUGUGGACCCGGGAGGACGGAAUCCGAGCGUCCAUCGCCCUGGAGCACUACACCUGCUUACGCUUCGGCGACCUUCCCACCACGACGACGGCACCGCCGCUGUCGGGCUUCAACCCGGUCGAUGGAGGAGUUGACCGUGCAUGCCGUGGCGACUCCCCCGGCGAUAACGCUGCAAGUUACUACCAGGUUGUUAGCAACCUGGCUUCCCUCCAGGCGUGCCAGGAGCAGUGCGUGGCGACAGAAGGCUGCACGGGGAUUGAGUACCACGUGGGCGGCCGCUGUGAGGUUUGGACCCGACCAGAAGGUAUCCAUGCAUCAAUCGUGCUCGAGAAGUAUACCUGCCUCAGCUACGGCACUGUUUCUCUUGGCAUCUUCGAGGGUGUGGACGGCGGCAGCGGCCGCGUCUGCCGUGGCGCACACCCGAAUGACAACGCCGCCAGCUACUUCACGGUGGCGCAGGCAAGUUCCCUGGAGGGAUGCAAGGCCCUGUGCGCGCGUGCGGCGGACUGCCAGGGCAUCGAGUACCACGUGGCGGGGCGAUGUGAGCUUUGGACCCGCCCCGAUGGCAUCCAGGCCUCAAGAGAGGCCUCCGACUACACCUGCCUCCGCUUUCUGGGGAGCAAUAUCACUAAUGUCGUCACUAACUACCACGGUAUUCACCUUGCGUUCGGCUCGACUCACGUGGCUGUGAUGCUCCCGUUGCCGUUGGUUCAGCACAAUGAUAUGUCAUGGCCCCUUAGCCUGAAGCUCAAGCCGAAGCUUCAAACCCACCCCUUCACCACUUUCACCCCGUACCGACAUCUCAGGCCCGUUGAUGUCGGUGCAAACUCCGAGGUCGCCACGGGCAGCGACCCGCGAGUUAGCACGACAGGCUCGCUGUCCCAGCUUGCAUUUGCACUGCCAGCUGAGCUGGACGCUCUGAUGACAAAGCAGCAAAUGCUGCGCAGAGGUACCGGGACGGAGGGCCCUCGUCGGACGCAGGGCACCCUUGCGUGCGUGCACUGCCGUGACCCCCGUCUGUGGUUCAAGGCUGGCAAAAAGCAGCUACGGCGCCCGCUGGCCCCGCUUCCAGAGGCGGCGAAGGCACUCUGUGCGGCAGUGCCGCCCGCCACCGGCCCUUCCGAAGGGAUGGGUUGCGGUUCGCCACAAGCAAGGCUGGGUACCCCGGCGCAAGUGGCGCAGUUGCUGGCAUCCUUGCGCACUGGGCGCCUGCAAGCAAAUGCCUACCACUACAAUGCUCUUCUGUCUGCACAUGAGAAGCUAAGCUCCUGGAGCAUCGUCCUGGAUCUUACAGACGCUAUGGAGCAAGAAAAGGUUGAUCUCGACGACGCAUGUCGUCACGUGCGCAUGGCGGCCUUGGGCACUGCCGCACACUGGGAGGCAGCAUGCGGCAGCCUCACCCCAGCCACGCAGCGUGGCUGCAACGCCGUCCUCCGCGCCUUGGACCGGGGAGGCGAGGCCGAGAAGGCUCUGCGUCUCCUGAGACGAAUGCCAAACAUGCAGUUGUCACCGAAUGAGAACAGCUACGGUGCUUCUGUUAGCGCCCUUGCCAGCUGCGGGCGCUGGGUGGGGGCGGCCGCGCUGCUGGAAGAAAUGCAGCAUUGCCGCUUGCUCCGAAGUAUGCCGGCGUUGAGCGCUUCUUUACUGGGUGCAUCCGAGAGCAGUGCCCCCUGGCAACGAAGUUUGGCUUUGGCCUCCGUGGCGAUCCGAAGCGCUGUACUUGACGCCGUGGCGGCCUGCGCCUUUGCCAGCGUGUUCAUCCAAAUGGGGCUGUGGCAUGCAAGCCUCUCCCUUCUAUGCUGCCUCAGGAUGCUUGAGGUGGUGGUCGACGGCUUCAGCCGCAAUGCAGCUGUGGCCGCUGCUGCACGCUGCGGUGCAUGGGAAGAGGCUCUGGCCUUGGCCGGUGGCUGCGGCAUUGUCCCGGAUAUGGUUGCCUUGGCAUCGAUGUGCGCCGCCUUGGCUCCCCUUGGUCGCUGGGCGGCGGCCGUGGCUUACUUGACAGCUUCGAGCCCGAGGCGGCUCGACGUCAGCCAACUCGCCGUGAACGCGGCUAUCACAGCUGCACAAAACGGGCAGCAGUGGCCCUGCGCCCUGGGCCUGCUGGGCUUUGGUGCGCCGGACACUGUGGCCGCCAACGCGGCACUCGGCGCUUGUGGCACAGGCUCGGCUUGGAGAGCCGCCUUGGCCCUGCAGGAAGCGGCCACGGCCUGCCGCGUUGGGACAGGCGCACUUGGAACGGCCGCGGCGCUGAAGGCCGGGUCACGGCAGCUGCAAUGGCAACUUGCUGGCCGAUUCCUCCUCAAACUCCCGGUCGCGGAUGCCGCCGCUGUGGCCGAUGCUGCCGCUGCUGCAGAAGCGGUCCGAGGAUGCCAAGUGGCUGCGUGCCACUUGGAUCAUCUUCACCGGCUCGGUUUGGAUACCCUGCGCAGAAAGCGGAAAAGCUAG